AACAAUGGAAAAGCUGAGUUUAAAUGUCCUCCAGAGUGUAACAAAACUACUAUCUACUGCAACAGAAAAAUAAACUGCCGUGAAACAAUCAUUGGCAGUGAGUGUAUGUUACCAUUUGAAACUUCUCAGAAAUUAAUAUGUGGUGAUGAUCAACAAUGGAAAACUGACUUUAAAUGUCCUCCAGUUUGUCCCAACGUUACUUCCAUCUGCAAUAGAACAGUAAACUGUAGUGAAACAGUAAUUGGCAGUGAGUGUAUUUCACCAUUUAAGAGUUCUCAGAAAUUAAUAUGUGGUGAUGAUCAACAAUGGAAAACUGACUUUAAAUGUCCUCCAGUCGUGAAAAUUGAUCCAAGCAAAUCCAAAGCUCGAAGAAGCAGAACACCAAGUGCUACAAGUAAUGGACGAGUUACUGCUAAAAGUCCUCAAGUUGGAGGAAAUGGAGAACAAAGCACACAGCAACCCAAUCAAGGAGUUACUGCUAAAAGUCCUCAAGAUGUAGGAAAUGGAGAACAAAGCACACAGCAACCCAAUCAAGGAGCUACUGCUAAAAGUCCUCAAGUUGGAGGAAAUGGAGAACAAAGCACACAGCAACCCAAUCAAGGAGAUGAUGGCGUAAAAGGUAAACCAGAAGAAGGCAAAAAAGAAGAAGGCAAAAAAAAUGAAAAUGGCAAUGAGCAAGGCAAAAGAGUAAAAGAAAAAAAUGAUAAGAAAACUGGACAUGAUGAGACAAAAAGAUCACGUCCAGAAUCUACAUCAUUUGACAGUAUCAAAGAUGCUUUAAAACCUGCAGAUAUGCCUGACUUAACACUUACAGACAAUAAUGGGAAAAAGCUUCCUCCACCCGUUACAGCCAGUGUCUUGUAUGAAGAGAAAAAGCUUCAUUCACCCGGUGUUUCAGAUGACAUUGAGAGGACCCUAACUGCUUUACGCUCUCUAGUGCAUAGUGCAAAUCAAAAAAGGAGACAAAGUGAUGUUAAUAAAUUUCCACAAGAAACUCAAGAAAACCAUAGCAGUGAUGAACAGAAUUCAGAUGUGCAUAGAGCAAAUCAAAAAAGGAGACAAAGUGAUGUUAAUAAAUUUCCACAAGAAACUCAAGAAAACCAUAGCAACUAGAAAAUAAUUCUUCAAAGAUUAAUGUGUUCAGACAAAUGUCUACUUCAUUUAGUUCCUGUGUUGCGUGCUGAUCUUCAAUCACUAAAAAACUGUUUAGUUGUAACAGUCUUUCUACUGUUUUAAAAUUUAUACAGUGAUACCUGGCAGUACACGUUUAAUUCAUUCCAUGACUGAGCUUGUUUUAUGAUUUACUCAUUUUACUAAUCAAUAUUCUCCAUUGAAAUUUAUUAAAAUAUAAUUAAUCCAUUCCAGUUU